CCAGUGCUGUAGCGUGGAGGCCGAAAAAGAGGAAAUUCGAAGAGACGAAUAAAAAACUAAAGAGAAGAACCCAGAGCCCGCGCCUUCACGUGACAGGAGUGUUGUAAUUGGCUUAAUAGUUUAAACUUUUCCAUGGCUAAAGCGUCCGGACCGAGACCAAAACCCAGACCCAAAGAGGGAAAAUUGUCUGUUUAUCUUUACAUCCCCAAUAUAAUUGGGUAUGUUAGAGUUCUCAUGAAUUCUGUUGCUUUUGCAAUAUGUUUCUCUAACAAACGGGCUUUCUCAGUUCUUUACUUUGUCAGCUUUGUUUGUGACGCUAUUGAUGGCUGGUGUGCUCGAAAAUUUAAUCAAGUUUCAACUUUUGGAGCUGUAUUGGACAUGGUAACAGAUAGGGUUAGCACAGCCUGUCUGCUGGUAGUACUCUCCCAAGUAUACAGGCCUGGCUUGGUCUUUUUGUCACUGCUUGCAUUAGAUAUUUCAAGCCAUUGGCUGCAGAUGUAUAGUACAUUUUUGACUGGCAAAACAAGUCAUAAGGACGUAAAAGACAGUACGAAUUGGCUUUUCAAGGCUUACUAUGGAAACCGGAUGUUCAUGGCUUACUGUUGUGUGUCUUGUGAGGUUCUUUACAUAAUCCUAUUUCUUAUUGCCAAGAGUCAGAGUAGUUUAGUGGAUGUUUUAUUAGGUACACUGCAGCAGGUUUCACUACUUUCUGUUUUGGUUGCUUUGAGUUUAUUUGGCUGGGCAGCCAAGCAACUGGUCAAUGUUAUACAGAUGAAGGCAGCAGCAGAUGUGUGUGUGCUUUAUGACAUCAAGAAAAAGCAGAAGCAAUAGUUCAUCAGCUUUCUCCAUUUCAGGUUACUCUCAUUGUGGUUACCCUCAAUUGCCUACUUUUUGGCUUUCGAUCAUAUGUUUCGAAAGUGGCUGAUCGAUAUUGGCCUGAAAAGAACUACAAACACUUUUGGUGACCAUGCAGUUGUUGGUUUGCAUUGAGUGUGUGCAUUCCAAGUAGCACUUAGCUUUUCCCUCCUAUUUGCGUACUGUCAACUCCAUGAUGUUGAUGAUGAUCACAUUGGAAAUGUUUAUGUUUUAACAUCCAAGAAUUUUCUUUGAUGUAGUCACGAUUUAUUUAAACUUUAGAGAUGAGAUGUGUUGAUCUCGGACUAACUACUGGCACAAGCAAGAAGUAUGAGUCAUCCAGUGUAUGCUUUGAAUUUCACAUUAAGAAGUUGUUAUUAGCCCUGACUUACAAGUUAGAGAUGGCUGUGUCUCUGUUUUCUUCAGAUUAAACAAAGGCAAAAAUUAUGGGAUCUUAA